GGGAGGGGGAGGGGAAGAGGAGGGGAGGAGGAGGAGGGUCCUCGGGCCGCGCCCCCCGGACACAGGCACCUGUUACCGCCGCCGCAGCCCGCCGGAGCCCGGGCAGACACAGCCGCUGCUGCAACAGCCGGCCGGAGCCCGGGCAGAGCCGCUGCUGCGGCCAGCCGCACCUCGGACAGAGCUUCUGCGGCAAGCCGGAGCCCGGGCAGAGCCAGCCGCCAGGCCCAGGCCCGCAGCCAUGCCGGGCGGGGGUCCCGGGGAGAGGAUGACGUGGCCGGGUCCGGCCCUGCCUCCGGCGGCCCCGCCGCGGUCCCUGUCCCCGGCCGGCGGAGGGGCCGCCCCCGCCCCCCUCACCAGGACCCAGAGUCUCCUGGCCAUGACCGCGCCCCUCGGGGGGCGCCCCCCACCACCCUCCUCCUCCUCCUCCGCCGCCGCCACCGCCGCCCCCUCCCGCAGGCCCAAGGUGACCGUGCCCCCCCGGCCUGUGCCAAGCCCUGUGCUCAACGCUCAGGAGAGAGACAGCGGGAGACACCGUCCCCGCCCCCCCGAGGGAGGCGGCGGGAGCGGCGGGAGCGGGAGCGGGGGAGGCGCCUCCUCCCGCAGUAGCAGCAGCAACUCCGGCUCCGGAAAGGGGGGCGACAGCAGCCCCACCCCCAGGCGGGCGCUGCGCUACACGCUGUGCAGCGACAACCACGGGGUGCGGGCGCCGGCCCCGGAGCAGUACCUGACGCCGCUGCAGCAGAAGGAGGUCAGCAUCCGGCACCUGCGCGCCAGGCUCCGGGACGCCCACGACCGCCUGCAGAUCCGAGACUCGGAGGUGGACGAGCUGAAGGCUCAGCUGUCGCGCAUGCAGGAGGACUGGGUGGAGGAGGAGUGCCAGCGGGUGGAGGCGCAGCUGGCCCUGAAGGAGGCCCGCCGCGAGAUCCAGCAGCUGCGGGACGUGGUGGACGCCGUGCGGGCCGGCCUGGCCGCCCCCGACUGGCCCGACCCGGGCCCGCACAACCGCAAGCUGGACGCGCUGCUGCAGGGCCUGGCCGAGGCCGAGCCGGGCCAGGCCUGGGGGUCCGCCUCCGCCGGGGGGUCCGCCGGGGGCUCCCCCGCCCGCUCCCUCACCCGCAGCUCCACCUACACCAAGCUGAGCGACGCCGGCGGCGGAGACCCCCGGCCGGGAGAGCCCCCGCCCGGCAGCGCCGAGGCCGGCGUGCAGGUCAGCAGCCUGCGGGAGCGGGCCAUGCAGACGGACGGGGGGGCCGCGGACCCCGGGGACCCCGGGGACCCCCGGGCCGUGACCCGCGGGCCCAGGAGGGCCGGACUCCCGGAGGGCGGCCCGGAGGGGGGGGAGGCCGCGGCCCCCGCCCCCCCGGGCGGCUACUGGAGCCGCCACUUGGUGGUCGACCUGCUGGCCGUGGUGGUCCCGGCCUUGCCCACCGUGGCCUGGCUGUGCCGCGGCCCGCGCCCCCCGGGCCAGCCCCUCUAUAACGUCCCCUCGCUGCUCCGCGGCUGCUGCACCGUGGCCCUCGGCUCCAUCCGCCGGGCCCGCUGCCCCCCCGCCGACCCCGCCCGACCCCAGCUCUGACCCGCCCUGCCCUCCACGGCGGGGGAAACUGAGGCACGGGGGACGGGGGGGCCGUCGCCUGUCUGACCGUGGGGUGGGAGGAACUGUUCGCCCACCCUCUCCCCUCCUUCCCCCCCCGUGACCUCUGACCUCCCCCCCACCAACUCCGCACUUGAGAGCCGUCUCUCCACCUCCCCCACCCCGACAGCUAUCUCUGCACCGCCCCCCUCCCCGAAAGUCGUCUCCGAGCCCCCCCGCCGACAGCUGUCUCUGCAACUCCUGAGAGUCGUCUCUGUAUCCCCCCCCCCUCGAGAGCUAUCUCUGCGCCCCCCCGGAAAGUCGUCUCUGUGCCCCCACCCUCACCCCCCCAAGAGCUAUCUCUGUGCCUCCCGA